AUGGCCACCGCCGUUUCCACCCCCGCGGACCUGUCGCCGGCGCCGGCACCGAAACGGCGGGGCCGGCCGCCGAAGAACCCGGCCCCCGCCGACCCGGCGUCCCCGCUUGCCGCGCCGGCGGAGGAGGUGAUUGGGGACUACGAGCGGCAGAGGGCCGCGAGGAUCCGGGAGAACAUGGAGCGGAUGCAGAAGCUCGGCAUCCUCGACCUCGCGCACAACCUCAGCCAGUCCGCCGCCUCGGGUCGGGGUGCCGGCAGCGGGCGGCGGCGACGGAAGCCCGUGGAGCCGGCGUCCGUUGACGCGGCCAGGGUGAAGCCCGCGCCGCCGGCGCCCUCGCGGAGGUCGCUCAGGUUGAAGGACGCGGAACCAGUAAGCUAUUGUGAAACUGAGCCAAAGAAAGAGAAGCACUCUGCAGAUGGCAAAACAGUGGUAAUAGAGGUAGGAGCCAAGGAAGAAAUAUACACCGAAGAGCAUGACAAGCUCUUGGGUACAUGCAACACUCCUUGGACUCUCUUUGUCGAUGGCUAUGGCAAGGAUGGAAAGCGCAUCUAUGAUCAAGUGAGGGGCCAAACCUGUCAUCAGUGCCGACAGAAAACUCUUGGUCAUCAUACAAGCUGCUGUAAAUGCCAGAUUGUCCAAGGGCAGUUUUGUGGAGAUUGUUUGUACAUGAGGUAUGGUGAGAAUGUGUUAGAAGUUAAGGAGAAUCCUAACUGGAUAUGUCCAGUUUGCCGUGGCAUCUGUAAUUGCAGUAUAUGCAGAUCUAAGAAAGGAUGGUUCCCUACUGGUUCUGCGUAUAGGAAGGUGGUUGGACUUGGGUACAAAUCUGUGGCACACUUUUUAAUUGCAACACAUCGAGCGUCAUCAGUUAACUCAGAGGAUUCAAGCUCAGCUGACAAAAAGAAGUUGCUGUCUGCUAAAUCUGAAACCUCAUGCAUUUCUGAUCAUGGUGGCCUGGAUGCCAAUGAGAGCCCAGAGGAUGGAGAAACGAGCAGCAAAGCUAAGCUGAACAAAGCAACUCGCUGCCAAGUGAAGAAGAGUUCUGAUGGCGACAAAGAUGGUAGCAUAAGCGAGUCCGUGGUGACAUCUGAUUGCCAGGAUGAUCAAGCCAACAAGGAUGCUGGGUGUGUCACUCCAUCUUCCAAGCCAAUGUCAAGGAAGAGGAAGUACGUUGAACGAAGCCCUGACUCAUCGCAAGCAGGCUGCGGUCUCGCUCAACAUGCCAUGAGCCCAUGA